CCAACUCAACUCUUUCUCUCUUUGUCGAGGUUGAACUAUCCGUUGCACUACAAACAGCUCAUGUGCGAGACCACAACACUGAAGAAGAUUAUCUAGAGUUCUCCAAGAGUCGUGGUAACCAUUAGCUCAGCGUGAGGGCCAAGGUCCUGCUGGCGAGCGAGCAUGUGGGUGCCAACAGCAGACGCGGCUGCCGCACACCCCUCCCAGCAGCAGCAGCAGCAGCAGCCGGGAGCUGAGACAGCAGCAGGAGCAGGACCAGCAGCAGCUUUGACAGUCUCGUCGGUGAACCCGAGCCCGCAAGAGACCCAAGGCAGCAAUGGGCAAGUCGCCCACAGCAACAUGAACAGCAGCGGCGGGCACACCGCCAGAACCGUCGCGCCAUCCCCAGACUCAUUGCAGCCCAUGACAGCAGCAGCGCUGCCGCCGCCGCCAUUGGAACCGCCGCCACAGCAGCUACAGCCACCUUUCAACUCACAGCAACAGCAGCAGCAGCUACAGCCGGCGGGCUCGUUCGACGCCUACCAGCUGGAACAGAUGCAGCAUGUGCUGGACAUGGUGGAUGGCGAGGACUGUAACAGCCUGGAGCUGCUAGGGAAUCUGGGGAACCUGUUUGAUGAAGAGGUCGAGCCGGGCGAACAGCAGCAGCAGCAGCAGCAGCAGCCGCAGCAGCCGCAGCAGCCGCAGCAGCCGCAGCCACCGGCAGGACAACGUACAGCACAGCAGCAGGUUUUCGGUGCUGUGGAGCCGCAUGGAUACGCGCCAACGCCGCUACGGCCGCUGCAGCCGCAAACAUGGCAGCACUUUACUGGCGGUCCUACACAGCAGCAGCAGCAAUGCCAGGCGCAGCAUCUGCCGCCGCGGCCGGUGUUGACAGCCGCACCCGCCCAGCAGCAGCAGCAGCCACCAGCGGAUGACGCCACGCCCCGGGCCUCGGGCGCUGCCGCCGCGGCGGCGGACGCGGCCGGUCGGCAGUUUGGCAGCAUGCAGUUGGCGGAGGACGGCGUGGGCCUCAUCAGCAGCAGUGUCGGAGGCGGAGGGGGUCGUGGUGGGGGUGGGGGCGAGGCCGCCCACGUGGCUGCUGCGCCCGACUGCUGGCAGCCGCAGCACGAGCACCAACUGCCACAGCAGGUGCAGCAUCCGCCCCAGAUGCAGCAGCAGGCGCAUUAUUAUCAUGAGGCCGAAUGGCAAGACGACCGGGGUGCGCCGCCGCUGCCGGCAGCGCUGCCGGCGCAGUCGCUGUCGCAAUCCCAGCCGCUGGCAUGGCGUCUGCUGCAGCCGCCGCCGCCGCCGCAGCAGCAGCAGCAGCAGCGGCCUUUCUCAUCAUGUGUAGCACAGCCUCAGCAACAGUGGCAGCAGGCCCCGCCUUACCAUGAGGCCGCGUGCAUGCCUGAUGCCGCCGCCGCCGCCGGAGGCGAUGAUGAGGCGAUGGCGAGCGCGUCGCCGGAGCGGCUGUACCGCCGCCAUCGCCCUGCGCUGCACUGGUCACUGCAGCAGGAGCAGCAGCAACAGCAGGAGCAGGGCCCGUCAGUGGGGCGCUCGCUCUCCGCGAGUGUUGCGACGUAUGGCGGCGGCGGUGGCGCCGAUUCCGCCGGCGGCGGCUGGGCUCGAGUGCUGGCGGCGGCGGCGGCACCCGCCGGCGGCGCGUUCCUCUCCAGUGAGCACUACUACAUCUUCGGCGGCGGUAGCCACAGUGGCGGCGCCGGCGCCGGCGCCGGUGCUGCUCCCGUCGCCUCAGCAGCCGGUGUUGCCAGCGGUCCCGCGACUACUGCUGCUGCUGCUGGCGGAGCGGCGGCGGGCUCUGCCGCCGAUUGGUAUGAACAAGGCUAUUGCCAUGAUCCUGCUGCUGAGACUGCUGCUUCGGCGGCGUCAGCUUCUGCGGUGGCGGCGGCGGCGGCGGCGGCGGCUGGCGUGCCGGCGACGCAGAUGCCAUCCGCGCCCAGCAGCCACGGUGGCCACGGCGGCCAUUACACCUCGCCGCCGGCUGCUGCUGCAGGACGCGUCGGCGGCGGCGCCAUGGUUGCGCCCAUAUCGCCCACAGCAGCAGCAGCGGGCGGCAGCGCACGUGUGUAUGCCGCCGCGGUACCAUGCGGCGGUGGCAAGGCGCCCACGGCGGCGCCGGCCUGGCUGGGCAACCGCCCGCCGGUUGCUGCACCCGCCGCUGCAGCUGCUGCGUUGUCCGGCUGUCGUUCCGGACACUCCGGCAGCGCAGAGGUGGCCUACUUGCGAGGGGAGGCUGAAGCCACGGUCCCCCGUGCCGGCACCGCCACCGGCAUCGCCGCUGCAGCAGCAGUAGAUGCCUAUGCCCCGCCCCAGCAGCAGCCCUGGCAGCAGCAACAGCCCUACCCUCAGCAGCAGCACCAGCAGCAGCUGCUGCUGCAGGAGCAGCAGCGGUCAGCCCACUACUACCCCGCGUUUACCACCGCGCCGGCUCCCGCCGCCUGUGUCGCUGCUGUUGACGCUACUGCUGGCGCCGCCGGUGCGGGUGGCACCGUCUCUGCAGCAGCCCGUCAUGCACCCACAGCCGCAGCACCCGGCUCGGCGGCGCCUGGUGCCGCUGCUGCCGCUGGCACGGCGCAAGCUGUUCGGGCUCCCGCCCGUCGCUACGUGCUGGUGCCCCUGGGUCCGGUGCCGCCCGAGCUCAGACAGCAGGAGCGCCCGCCCACCGCAUCAGCAGCAGACGUUGCAGGUGUUGUCAGCGAAGGCGGCUUCAGCUCUGCACCGGCAGCAGCGGCGGCGGCCGCCGGAGCCCCGCCGGCGGCGGCUGAGGCAGGCGGUGUAGCCGCUACGGCCAUGAACACGGCGGCACGGGAGGGCGGACGAGGCGCCCGGCAGUCGCCGCGGCUCACUGUCGUUCCUCUGUCGCCGGGGGCCGCGGCGUUUGCAGAACAGCUGCUGCAGCAGCGCGCGCGGCAAGACGCCGCCCGCCAGGGCGAGGCGUGUGCAGGCGCCGCCGCCACCGCCGUUGCAGUGGCGGCACCCAUGGCGGCAUCCGCUGCUGCUGCCCCAGCAGUCGUUUCGGCCGCUGCUGCGGCCCAGCAGCAGGCUCCAGCAAGCAGCAGCCCGGGUGCGGCCGCUGCGUCCGGCGGGGCGGGUCCGGGGCCUGCCGCUGCCCCGCCGGCGGCGCUUGCUGCUAUCCAUACCGCUAAAGCCGCAGCUGUGGUGGCGGCGGCCGUGUCCGCGCACGCCGAGGACGUCGAGAUGGCGCCCGUGGAAGCCGCUACAGCCGCCGAAGAGGUCGCCGAUUAUAUGUCCGUCGGAAUGGCGCCGGAGGCGUCAGCGGCGCCCGCAGCAGCAGUGCAGGGUGCUGCCGCCGGCCCCACGGUCUCGACUGCCAGUGCCGGCAGCAUCAGCAACGGCGGUGCUGCGGCUGGCGGCGCGAUGGACGGCGCCACCUCCUCGGGCGCCACCACCAUCACGGACCCUGCCAUGCUCGAGGCAAGUCAGCAACAGCGGGCGAAGCAACAGCAGCAGAGACAGGAACAGGACGAGCAGCAGCCGCAAUCGGCGGCCGGCACACAGGCACAGCAGCCGCAGCGGCCGCAGCAGCAGCCGCUCCUGCCCCGUGCAGUUGCGCAGCCGCUGCAGCAGCCGUCACAGCAGUGGCAGGCUGUGGCGCGGCCACCGUGCGACACGGUGCAAUGGCAACCGCAGCAGCAGCCCUUGCCGGCGCCCCAGCCGCAGCCGCAGCUGCAGCCGCCGCAACAGCCGCAGCCGCAGCUGCCGCGCCCUGCCGAGGAAUGGCGCGGAUCUUACUCGCUACAGCCGCACCUCCAGCAGCCGCAGCAGCCGCAGCCGCAGCCGGUGGGCGUCUGGACCGACCCCCAUCCCGCUGCCGUCUCAAAACAGCAGCAGCAGCAGCACCCCACCUAUUCUUACGGCGACUAUGAGGAGACCGAGCUCGAGCCUGAGGCGGAUGGGCUGCAUGAGCUGCAUGCGUCCGACGCCGCCGCAGCAGCCGCAGCCGGCUACCCGCCGCUACGUCACAGGCACUUGCACGCCCUCCGCCGGAGCGGCGCCGCCACCGGGCCCUUGUACAGGACCCUGUCCGCCCCGUUGGCGGGCCCAACUAUUGCUGGGGUGGACUGGCAGCAGCGACCUCCCGUAAUGGCGUCGGCGGCGCCCUACAUGACCGCGCAGCCGCGGCGCGCGGUGCAGCCGCAGUGGCGGCUGCAUCAGCAACUGGGGCAUCCGUCGGGGCACCCAGCGCCCUGGGCCGCGCCGCCGCCGAACGCAGCCGCCUUUGCCACUGCGUCAGCCGCUGCCGCGGGUCCCGAGAGCGACGAGGAGGCUCCGCCGCAGCCGCGGGUUCACUACCUUUUGAGCCCCGCUCCAAGGCCGGCGAGUUCGUCUGCAGAAUUCGAGGUGCAAUACAUCGAUGCCGCCGCCGCCGCCGCCAGCAAGGCGGAUGAAGAGUUUGCGGCUUCGCCGCCGCGGCGGCGGCGGCUGGUGCCGCCUUUCGGGCACACACCAGCUGGUCCCUACCACUACUACCAACCCCAGCCGGCGGCGCAAGACGUGGCGGCGGCAGCGGCAUCGCCGCCGCUGCCGCACAAGGUACACCACCAGCACCACCACGCAGCUGCCAGCGCACCGGCAGCAGCAGCGGCGGCUGGGGCGGCGGCGGGUCCGACGCAUGUGCUGUUGGCGCCAGGGGUGCGCCGGCGCCUGGUACUGGUUCCGGCGGCGCAGCAGGGCGCGAGCAGGGCCCGCUCAGGCCCCUCUGGUGUGGUUUCGUAUCCUGUGGCCCCGCCGCCGCUCCGAGCUGUCGAGGCUGCCGGGUAUCAAACGGCGCAGCACCUGCAGUAUCAACCGCACUGGCCUCAGCAGCUGCCGCUGCGGCUGCGGCAGCCGCCGCCGCCUAUGGUGCGCGGUGCGGCGGCAGCGCCGCCGGCAAUGCCGCCAGCGGCCCUGCACCAACCCGUCGCCGCGCCCCGCCUGACUCGCCAGUCCAUGCCACUGCCAACCGCCGUCACGGCGGCAGAGCAAGAGCCCCCGCCGUAUGACUACACCUACCCGCAGGGCACAGCGUCGGCAGUAGCUACUGCGGACGACGGCGCGGCCACGGCGGCGGCAGUAGCUUAUCCGCCACAGUACGUACAGCACUUCCAGCAGCCGUACCGUCAGCAGCAUGCCUGGCACAGGGCCGCCGCCGCCGCCGCCGCUGCUGGCGGCGCUUUGCAGCCGGGCAGCCCCGGCGCUGCCGCCGCCGGCAGUCGCCGUUAUGUGCCCUAUGGCGUAAGUGGUCCCGCCGGGCCCCCGGCAGCGUGUGUGGUGUACUCGUACCCACAGCAACACAUGCUGCAGCGCAAGCCGGCGGCCCAGCGGCGGAUGCCGGCGGCCGACACUGCGACGGCUGCUGGUGACGCCCAGCAGCAGUAGCUUCGCCCGCCGCUGCUGGCUGCCAGCUGCAGCAGCGGGUGCGAGCGGCCGCGCGUGUGAUGCCGAACAGCAACAGGGUCACAGCGGUGGGUGGAUGCGUCCGUGUCAGUGUCAGUCAGGUGGCGGUGGCGUGGGAGUGUCGGCAGUGACGUGACUCAGGCCUCCAUGGCAGCAGCAGUGGCAGCACCGUGUGGUGGCGAUGAUGAUGAGCGGCGCUUCGGAGUGCUAGAAAUCAAACAUGCAAUGAGGCCGCCGGCCAGUGCUGCGGUGGGCGGACAGCCAACCGGACCAGCUAGCAGCAGGCAACACGUAAACCAGUAAACGCAACGACCUGCUUAAUGGAUUCAGUACGCUCGCUGGCUUGCUCUGUACAAUGUAUGGCGGAUGUACCUUAUUGAGAGCGUUAACUGAUGUGGGUUCAGGAGGACUGCUUUGAGCACGUUAUCCUUGCCCACACACAUGAGAUGGACACGAGUGCGGGCUGCGUUACCUUGAGGUGUCGCGUACGCGCAUAUGUAUGUGUGCGUAUGGGGCGUCUGCCUGGCUGCCUGUUGGGGUUGGCACAAGUAGAUAGGCUGAUGAGCUCACCGCACCGCAAGGCGACACAAUACGGUACGAUACGGCACGGGAGCAAACGCUGACGUCAGUGACGGUCUGACGGUGCCGUGAUGACGGGUGAGGGAACGGUCCUGGAAUCACCGUAAAAGCGUACUCUGACGGCGUGACGCGAAACGGCCCCUGACUGUCAGCCCCAUUCCUAACGGUUUACGGUCCCCUGACGGUUUUACGCUUGAAGUCAUGAGGUCCAAAAGUUGCCAAACGAUUGAGCAUGGGCAUGAAGGAAUGAGAAUGAACGAAGGGCUGGUGCGUGGCCUCUCAUGUGACUGGCCUGCAUUGCCCCAGCGUGUCAGGACGUGCGGCAGCCAUGAUGUGUCUACCCAACGAUACGAUGACGGAUCCCACUGGCGGGAUGCAUGUGGUAAGAUUAUGUACCAGUGUAGCAGCAUAGUGAGGAUGCGAGGACCGUGAGCUUCAUUAUGCCGGAUGUGUGGUGAUGUUGCCUCGUACACGGUUGGUGGGGUCUUGCAAGUGGCCUUAUUAAGUCUGUCCAGUGAAGUCUGUGGCGUUGCGCGCUGCGGCGGAGUGAGGGUCCGCUUGUAUUACCACCUUGCACGAACAUUCAUGCACUUGAGGCUCGCAAGUAACAACACAACACAUAUGCACGCCGCCGUACAGGCGCCGGUGGAUCCUUGUAGCAGGGUUACCUGCAAUAGACGCAAUUGAGGUGCGGACGGUAUGGAUGUGCGGUUGCUUGCUGCUAGAGAACCUCAAGAGGUCACGCUUCAGAAAGUGAUCUGGCUACCUGGUGUGCCAGCAGAGCAUUGCGUGCUUGCCCAUUGUUUCUUGCUGCGAGCAAGGAUGCACUCAUCACGAGGCACAUCAGUGGAACACAGGUGCAAACCCGCACGCGUGACAGUGCGUGUGGAGUGAAUGGAACGGCCGAACGGGACGAAAUGCUCUCGAAGGAAAUGCGGUUAUUCUUAUCGUUGUUGCCCUAAUAAAUUGAUCUUCUGUGGGACGCUGGGUGGCGGGGAAUGCGUGCGUGGAUGCGUCUGUGUGAAAAGAGCGCCAGGGAAGCAACCAAGUUGUUGCACGUUAACUAACGCAUGUGGAACUAUGAUAUACCGGCGUCUUACAAUGCUGGCCCCAGGAUUAGGGGAAGCAGCGUGCCGAUGCGCGGACGCUGCUUGCCGGCCUUGAGAGAGAGUACGACAUUACAUGGAACUGUACACGGAGAUGGAUGCGUGACGGUUGCUAGCAGGCUUGGAGCCUGCUGAGGAGUAGAGCUAACGGACCCGGUUCAGGCGGAUUGGGGACGGGUUGGAGUGGAUGGAUAGGUCCACGGAGCGGCUUACCGGUCGUGUCGUGGACCUGGAGACCGAUGUCCAUGGCUGUGCCUACCUGCGGAGACAGUCGUGCAAGACAGUGGACAGGGACUUGAUGUAUGAACAUAUCAGCAGCACUGCACCCUCGCCAUUGGACCGCCAGCAGCUGCGCACAGCUCCACGGGGGCAUACAUCGUGGUUACCAGUCGUGCUGCUAGUAGCGGAGCACCCCACCGCUUGUACUUAAUGAUGUACGCACGACGCGGUUGCGUACGUGUGUCUGGUACUUUUUGCGGUUUGCACACACCGCCGUAUAUGACGAGCUGCGUUGGCACUUUCACAGUUUGUGGGGGUGGGGUGUCUGGCCAGGCGCUUUAUUGCUUGCGUGCCUUGGCAGUGCCAACCCUAAGCUAGCAGUGCUUUUGGACUCGUCAUGUGCGACGCAGAGAACUGAACUGCUGAUCCUCCCCGGCUGGUGAUGACUCGAAGCAUUCAUCCCCUACCGUACUUGCUGCAGACGGACGCAGAAAUGCACGACCUCCUGAUUUACUGACGGCUAACCAGAAAGAGGGCCGGAAAUAGAUGGUGCCUCAUUGGAAUGCCAUUCAUGUAAUCUCGCGCUCAA